AUGAAACUUUCCUCUCCGUUACUCAAAACAGCUGGUUUGCGCACAUUACAUAUGCUGACAAUCUUGAUUAGCAGGAAGUUUACAGCGCAUAUAAUCAUGCGGUUCAACCCCUUCUCCUCCCGAAAUGUUAAGGAUUCUAUUGGGCUUUAUAUCUCUUCCAGCGUGGGGCUCCAAGAAGUGGACGAACAACAUUUCGUGAACGACUGGAAUAAAGAUGGACAGCGUUUCCAUUUCAUAGUACAAGAAGCUAAUACCGAACCAUCAACAUUGUUAGAUGGUUCUGACGCUGUUCUGAUCACUUUUGCACUUGACACAGACUUCAAACAAACAGUCCUUCACUAUGCAAAGUUUAUCUAUGACAACUAUUGGGAACAACGUAAAGCGUUUUACUUCAUUGGCACCAAAUUGGACGCUCUGGAUGCAGGAUUAGACAUUGUACAAUAUCCCGAGAGGGAGACAACAAAGAUUACGAUGUACACUUAUUUAUCCACCUUCUUUAUCGACAAUCGCAGUAAAAGUGACCUCGGUCGAUUAUGUUCCUCUUUAGCGAAUUUCAAGUACCCCAUAAGACCCUCAAUCGGAUCCUCUGUGAACAAGUUGUUUUCACAUUUACGGUCAAGACUCUGUGACCUGAUUGCCAUGGCCUUUGCCCUUCCGGUUCCUCGUGAUAUCAACAAAGAUACACCAGAUCCUGAUGAUUUUCCGGCCAUUCCAGAUGACGAUACGGCCUGGAAAAUGAUUGAUACACCCGAAUCCAUAGACUUCAAUAAUCAUAUUGCAUCAUUUGCAAAUUCGUUGUUCCGCUCAGCGUUCACCUACAAAGUAGGGCUGACUCUAGUGUUAAAACGGCUCCACCGACUCGAAAGAUUCAAUACCAUUUUUAUUCGUGCAUAUACCAAUAUCCCAGUUCCACAACCUCGUUACCGCCACUUGAAAGAAGCGUUCAUCACUGAUUUCAUUCCUGGCCGGAUGCUUCUAGAGUGUUGGGACUCACUAACCAAGUUUCAACAAUUCCGCAUUGCAUGCACUCUCCGACGGUAUGUUUCCCAACUCCGAAGCAUUACGAGUGAGCGACCUGGGAGUAUCGAACAUGGACACGUCAAUGGUGCGCUCUUUUCCGACCCCAGUAUAUGGAAUGGGCCCUUCCGUGAUGUCGAAAUUUUUCGCAACUGGGUAAAGCACAUUGCUUACUAUGACCGAGUUAAUCUUGUCGAGGGAUUUCGCAGUGAUUAUCCCAACGAACCACCACCACCUGCUCCUCCGAUGCCGCCGAUUCCAGAUGACACGGACUGGAAAUUGAGCCUCGCACAUUGCGAUAUCAGCCUCAGCAAUGUCAUACUUUCAGAAGACGGCGUGCUGUGGCUUAUUGAUUGGGCAUAUACGGGGUUUUAUCCACCUUGGCUAGAGUCCCACGCAAUGAAGAGGUACACUGAGGCACCUGAUUCUUGGAAGCAAUGGAUCUCCUUCAUUACUGAUUUUCCAUCCAAUGUUGACGAGCUUUGGGCUCAUAUGGAUUAUUGUGUAUCUCUAUACAGUUCGUUUGAUGCUCCACGGGAGGACUAUUGGCCACUUUGGCCGGAACAUGAGAUGAGUAACUGGUGA